GUGAUGAGCGGGGAUCAGAUCAACCUGACCACGUCGUCCUCCGUCCGGCCGGUCCUCACCGCGCUCCCCCCCCCUCCUGCCCCCCGACCGGUGAAACCCUACAUCGGCUCGCAGCCUCCGGCUCAGGCCCCUCUCUCCCAGCGGGACGGGCCCCAGGGCAUUCUGGGUAACGGCUGUGGAUUUGGGGGGCGACUGACGCAAAGUCAAGGGUGCAGAGACCAGCCUGCUUCAUCCCUCUCUUCUUCAUCUUCUCUCAGCCACCCUGCUCCAUCCCUCUCCUCUUCUUCCUCUUCUCUCACCCAGCCGGCUUCAUCCCUCUCUUCUUCCUCUUCUCUCACCCAGCCGGCUUCAUCCCUCUCUUCUUCCUCUUCCCUCUUCCACCCUGCUCCAUCCCUCUCCUCUUCUUCCUCUUCCCUCUUCCACCCUGCUCCAUCCCUCUCUUAUUCCUCUUCUCCCAAGCAGCCUGCCUUAUCCCUCUCUUAUUCCUCUUCUCUCACCCAGCCUGCUCCAUCCCUCUCCUCUUCUUCCUCUUCUCAACCUAUCUUCCAUCCGGCUUCAUCCCAUUCCUCCUCCUCUUCUUCCUCUUCUCUCUUCCACCCUGCUUCAUCCCUCUCUUCUUCAUCUUCUCUCACCCAGCCUGCUUCAUCCCUCUCUUCUUCAUCUUCUCUCUCCCAGCCUGCUCCAUCCCUCUCAUCCCUCUCCUAUACCUCUACUCUUUUCCAGCCUGCUUCAUCCCUCUCCUCCUCCUCCUCCUCCUCUUCUUCCUCUUCUCUCUUCCAGCCGGUUUCAUCCCUAACUUCCUCGGUCCUCCGCCCUCUUCCUCCCCUGUCCCAACCCCCGGUGAUCCCGGCCCUCAGACUGGUUCCCAUCUUCAGGAACAAGUGUCCGUCUCGCCACAUCAACAUUGCCCGGCUGCGUGCCCAGAAGCAGAGGGAACAGCUGAGCGAAAGAAGGGAGGAAAGGGGGAGGAUGACGUUACCUGCCUUUAUGAAGACGACCCCCACCAACACCAACACCGCCACUUCCUCUUCCUCUUUUUCAUCUUCUGUUUCUGUUUUGUCGGCCGCGUCUCUAAUCGUUCCCCGCUUCAACCGCCGGCCCAAACCUCAGGGCGGCGGCGCCCCUCACCCGGCCCUUCACCCGGCCCCUCGCCCCAGCAUCAACCACGUAUUGAGCCUCAGUCCCGCGUCACACUCUAUACCCGGCGUCAUUCUCACUCCCAGGCCGGCGGUCAAGAUCAAGCAGAAACCCAAGCCCAGCACCCCCCAAACCAGCGUGAAGCUCAGCUCUGUUAGCAACGCCGCUGCAGCUAACGCCGGUGACGUUCCCCCCUCAGCUGCACCACCGGAUCCUCCCGCACCGCUGAAAUCUCCUGAGAUACACAACAAAGACGCGUCCGACAGCAGCAGCAGAGAC